CUGGCUUUUUAUUAAUUUUCAUUUAAUAAGAAUAAAAUAUUUUUAUUCUAAAACAAAGAGCUGCUUACAUUUUUAAAUUGACUUUUUUGACUAUUACUUGUUCACAUUUUUAGAAUUGAUCGUCAUUUGAGCUACAAAUCCCUUUGUUCUGCAACACCAAGCAGCUAUGAAAGCUUUUCAAUUCUUCGCAAAUUAUUGAUUCCAAAUAUAUCAUACAAAUACUAUUUGUGGAACAACUCCUCAUGUUUCACGAGAAAUAUAAAGACUUUCAAACACACACAUCCGAAUUACUUUACUUCUUGUUGCGGGGACUUCAGGAAGCUUUGCAAUAAAAAAACUAUAAGUAGAAUUAUCAUAGUUAACACAGAUCUCGUUUUCUCUCGAUUUUAUCAAGUAUAUAUUUAAACAAUUAUUGGAAAUCAGGAAAAUUCAAAAUGCCUUCUGAACAUUCUCGCUCUUCAUCGAGCUCUUCGGUAACAUCGCCCAUUCCGACAAUUAACGUCAAGCUUGUCAAGUCCAACGGUAAAGAUGGUCAUGGUCAGUCAAAUUCGAACAGUAGAGGAUCUAAUAGUGACCUUUUAGACAUCUUCAACGCUCGUACAGGUCAAACAAAAGAUAAAGGCUCUAGGGAUAAAAGUCCGUCUUCUAGGGAUAGAAGUCCCUCACGUGGUAAGAGUCCUGGAAGAAGUAAAAGUUCUGAUAAACGAGGAAAAAGCCCUUCGGGCCGUAAAAGCCCUUCUGGUGAUAAACUUCUUAGUUCGCCUAGAAGUCCGGGUUCGAGGUCUAGAAGCCCAGGGCCUCGUUCAAAGAGUCCAAAUCGUAAAGAAACAUCUUCACGUUCAAAGAGUCCCCGAUCAAAUAGCCAGAAUCGUGAUAACUCGAUGAAUAGAUCUUCUUCUCAGGAUGCUCGUCUUGGUAUGGGUAGCAAAGGGGCGCACCCUUGGAUUGCUCCAUCACUUUCUUCUGAAAAAGGCGGCAAUUCAAAAAACUCCAACAGAUUAAGCCUUCCUCCUAACUUUGCUGACUUUAACAUAAACAGCGUUAUACGUGAAAGUAAUGAACGAUGGGCUAGAUUAAAUCUUGUUCCAAGUGAUAAGGAUAGCAAAACUAGUAGUAUGGGAAAUUUCUCUAAAACUGCUAGCCUUCGAGUGGUGAAUCCUAUUGCUCGCCCAAAACUUUCCGUUGAGACCUUUAAUAGUUUGCUCGGUAGCAGGUCUAUGCAAAGAACUCCUUCAGGUGGACGCACUGGAAAUUUAAGUAAUCCUUUUGCUGCUGGGGUUCCCUUGACCAGAUCUAGAAGUCAUAACUCUGCCAUGGAUGAUUCCAAAAGAGUAUAUUCAAAGGAUGAUAAACCACACCCUCUUCAACAUAAUUGGACUAUGUAUUAUGAUAGUAAACCUGUCAUGACACCUGGACCAAAAACACCAACAGGAAAGCUUACAUACGAAGAGAAUCUGCAGACUAUUGGUACUUUUGAUACGGUAACUAAAAUGAAAAUUAAGUUUAUUACGACUAUAUAAUUUAUAUAAAUAUUACUUAAAUGUGCUAAAGAAAAUAUUAUUAUUCUUUACUCAGGUUCAAAGUUUUUGUCGCUAUUUCAACUGGGUUAAGAAGCCCAGUCAAUUAGAUAUGAAUACGAAUUUCCAUAUAUUUAAGGAUAAAAUUAAGCCAAUGGAGGAAAAUGGGUGAUUUCAAUGAAAAGUCCCCAGUUAU